UCCAUUAGUCCCUACUCCAGUGAGCUUAUAAUAUAUGGUUCCUACAUCAGAUGGCAUUGCAUGUAUACUGUAUGUAUUGCUGGCGUGUUUCUAAUGUUACACACUUAUUUGUCCUGUAACUCCGCCUGCGAAGUUUACACUUCUGCAUGUGAUUGGUUUUGGGAGGAAUACAUAAAACAGAGUAAGAAUGACAGAAAAUGUUGUCUACAAAAGGUCUGGUUUAAUAUUAUAACUAGGCAUAUUUGGAACAUAAAGGCUCGAACAGCCCCCAUUGGCCCAAUAAAUAGUGACUGACUGAAGUCCAGGGCUGGUUUCCAAGAGUGGGGGCAGGUUGGACGCCCUGCGGCCGCUGUUCUACCAACCGACUCCUCAUGAACCAGAAACUGAAAGCAGAAAAUUCUCAGUUUCACUUUCUCUUUAUCCAAACGAGGAGCCUCUGGAAUCGUUCGAAAGCCACAGAAACCAGAAACAGAGAUGGCGGAAUCUCGUGUUCAGCCAAUGAGACUGAAGGAGUGGCUUUUGCAUCAGAUAGACAGUGGGCGUUACCCUGGAUUGAGGUGGGAAAACCCAGAGAAGACAAUGUUCCGCAUCCCAUGGAAACAUGCGGCCAAGCAGGAUUAUAAGCAACAGGCAGAUGCAGCUUUGUUUAAGGCCUGGGCAAUGUAUAAGGGCAAGUUUCGGGAAGGGUCGGGAAGGGCUGAUCCUUCUGUCUGGAAAACACGACUUAGGUGCGCCUUGAACAAGAGCCCGGAUUUCCAGGAGGUGAUGGAAAACAGUCAGUUGGACCUCUCUGAACCCUACAAACUUUAUAGGAUUGUGAUCCCAACCCAGGAGAGGAAUGAGGAAGAGGAUCAGGAGGCAUCUAGGAGCCCCACUAAAGAUCUACCUCUAAAGGAAACUCAGAAACCUAUAGUGGGGGAUUGUAAGAGCUCCAUGAAGGAGGAGACUCAGGCUUCAAUGAAGGAGUUGUCUCAGCACCCAUCCCAAGAGGACACAGAGAAGCCUGAGAUGGAAGUGUUUCAGAUCCAAGUGUGCAAACGCGAGGGAUCCCCUGAACCUUACAGAUCCAAGAGUUUGAGGACUGAUACUCAGCAUCCUACAAGAGCAACAAGCUGCCCUACACCCAUACCCUUCCUCUGGACAACCCAGCACUCAGAUUACAGAGUGUUAGACCUUUCGACUAGGAAUGAAGAGCUUCCCUCCUCAUCAUCACUCUCAGAUUUCUGGCUCCAUGUUCGCCUUUAUUAUCAGGAUAAACUUGUAACAGAGGUGACCACAAAGACUGUUGAAGGAUGUCGCAUUGUCCCCUGGUCAGCAGCCCCCCAGCAAUUCAGCCCAUACCCUUCUCUCUCAUUAGAGGUGGUCUCACUUCCAUCAGAGCUGCCUGAAAACCUGACUCCAGACAUGAACAUCAUGCAGAACCUCCUCAAGCACCUGGAGCGAGGGGUGUUGUUGUGGGUUGCCCCAGAGGGUGUGUUUGUAAAGCGCCAGUGCCAAAUUCGAGUGUACUGGAAUGGCCAAUUGGCUCCACAUAGCAACCAACCAAACAAGCUGGAGAGAGAGAAGACAUGCAAAGUGCUGGAUACAGAGCAAUUUCUGCAUGAACUGCAUAUGUAUAUUACACAGGGGGGGCCUGAACCCCAAUAUCAAAUCCAGCUUUGCUUUGGAGAGGAAUAUCCAGACACAUCACGUGUGAACACCAAGAUUCUGAUGAUGGCUCUUGUGGAGCCAGUGUUCGCUCGAGAGCUUCUUCUCAAUGCACGGAGGAAAGUGAUUAAAGAUUCCAAGAGCCCAGAUUUGCAGCCCCCUGGUUCAAGCUCCGCCCCCACACCCCCUGUAUAAAUCCCCAUUCCUUUUAUUGGAUCCAGCAGUGUUCCCUCCAUGGUGUGUCCUAAGCCCCACCCUUUGAUGCUUCCCACCCUACAGACAGCACAAAAAAUGAACAGAAAUAUGGGGCACAAUAGUGCUGUUUUGGGGUUUGUUCAAGUGCUUAGAUGGGACAUAGCAGCAGUUGCUUUAUGGCUGGAAUCAUAGACACAGGAUCAGAGUGACGGUGCCAAGCUGUGGUGAGAUUUUCAUAGAUGGGGUGCAGCAGAUGUAGUUGCCAUAUGUAUUGGCCCUGUUGGCAGAGCAUAAAGUGACGACCAAGAUAUUGGGGUAGAUUUAUCAAAGAGUGACGCUAGAGAUCGCCACAUCCACUCUUCAUUUCUAUGGGAUUUUGAAAGGCAAAUUUAUCACAGGAUGAAUUUUCACCCAUUGAUAAAUACUCUUUUAAAAAUCCCAUAGAAAUGAAUGAAGAGUGGCGGAAUCUCCCUCUAGUGGACUUUGGCGACCUCUCACUUCACUUGAUAAAUUUCAUUAUAGUGGGGGAAGACACGCGAAGGCAGUUCGGGGAGAUUGUCGAGACGAAGAGGCGAUUAGUCGCCAGGCGACUUAAUCUCCCCGAGUGUCACAAUCCUAAAGCAUGGUUGUACCCAGCUGCACCCCCAAGAGCCAAAGGCUGUAUGAUGAAAUUAUGUUUAGCCCUGUAGGAAGUACUGGUUCCAAUUAUGCCAUGUUCUCACCUGUAGCUCUGCCUUUGUCCAUAAAAGGCUGCAACAUCAAAAUAGAAAGUAGAGCCAGGCACUAGCAGAUUAACUGCA